CCGAGAAACAGUCGACGGGAUCUGGGCGGGACCGAAUCGCCUCUACUGCUUGCACUUCAUUACUCUGAAAUCUCCAUGAUCCACCUGGACGACCGCUUGAUAGCUCAGGUUUCCACAUUUCUCCCCCAACUGCCACUGGUCAGCCAAACAGUAGUCCCACCCAAAAUCUCUUGUGGCCUGUAGUACAAAGUGGGUUCAACCAUUUGACCAGAACUUGGUGAUAGUAUAUUGGAGCAUCCAAGGCAGCCAACUAGCACCACAUACUGUCCAGGAGCUCACUGAUGCCCUGACUGAAGUCUGACAGGAGAUUCCCCAGGACACCACUUUGAUUUUCAAGGAAAGGUGACUAUGAGGACUGAGACAGGGACUGGGACUGAGGUGACACCCCAACAUAAGGGUACUGAAGUUACCAUUCCAGAGUCAGACUCAGAUGGUAAAAUGGCGAAAGAGGAUAUUAAGCCUCAUGAUGACUCUGGAGAUGUACAUGAUGCAUCAGACAGAACAACAUCCAACAAGAGCCCAAGAUCCCCUCAGAAAGGCUCCAAACGCUUCAAGACUGUUCCCUUUAAAGUCACACUUUUGGACAGUUCUAUUUAUGAAGAGAACAUUGAGAAACAGUGUAAGGGGCAGGUUCUCCUGGACCUGGUGUGUGAACAUCUAAACUUGUUGGAAAAGGACUAUUUCGGCUUGACCUUCAGUGAUUCUGACAGCCAAAAGAACUGGUUGGACCUGUCCAAAGAGAUCAAGAAACAGAUGAGAACAUCUUCUUGGCAAUUUAAUUUUGCUGUCAAGUUUUAUCCACCGGACCCCUCCCAGUUAAUGGAAGACAUUACAAGGUACUACCUGUGUUUGCAGCUGCGAAAUGACAUCCUCUCUGGCCGUCUGCCCUGUUCCUUUGUCACACAUGCUUUGCUGGGUUCCUACACCGUGCAGGCAGAACUGGGAGACUUUGACCAAGAUGACCAUGGCUCCGACUACGUUAGUGACUUCCACUUUGCCCCCAACCAAACUCGUGAACUGGAGGAAAGGGUGAUGGAACUACAUAGAACUUACAGGGGAAUGACACCUGCUGAGGCGGAAAUUAAUUUCUUGGAAAAUGCAAAGAAACUCUCCAUGUACGGUGUUGACCUGCAUCAUGCUAAGGAUUCAGAAGGGAUUGACAUAAUGCUGGGCGUGUGUGCCAGUGGUCUAUUGAUUUACCGUGACAGGCUGAGAAUCAAUCGUUUUGCCUGGCCAAAGAUCCUCAAGAUCUCCUACAAAAGGAGUAAUUUCUACAUCAAAAUCCGCCCUGGAGAGUAUGAGCAAUUUGAGAGCACCAUUGGCUUCAAGCUUUCUAAUCACAGAGCCGCCAAGAGGCUAUGGAAGGUUUGCAUUGAACAUCACACCUUUUUCAGGCUAGUGUCCCCUGAGCCACCACCAAAGGGCUUUCUGGUGAUGGGUUCAAAGUUCAGAUACAGUGGAAGGACCCAGGCCCAGACACGGCAGGCCAGCGCUCUGAUCGAUCGGCCCGCUCCCCACUUUGAACGGUCCACUAGCAAGAGAUACCUUCUUUCUCGCAGUCUAGAUGGAGAAUUUUGUCAACCGGUAUCCACACUGGGUGAAAUUCAUGAUGGUCUGUCUCAGAAGAGUGAGAGUGAGCAGCCACAGUUUCUUUCUGGAGAUGAAGCUGAUGCCGACCUCAGUCUGGAUCAAGACCAGGAACAGGAUCAAGAGCAUAGCAACAGUGAAGAGACUGUUACGACGCCUACAAGAAAAAAGGACAUUAAGUUUCUAGACAAAUCAGAGGAUGUUCUCUUGAAGCACCAAGCCAGCAUCAAUGAGCUGAAGAGGGCCCUGAGGGAGCCCAACAGUAAACUGACGAACCAGGAAAAACGUCUGUCAGGGACGUCCCCAGGCGGCUCUCCAGAGAAGAAAGCAGGCUCUGAAGAACGGGUGUUGCUUGACUAUGAAAUGGAGGAGAAAGGAGAGUACAAAGCUAGUACACCUCCACCUUCUCUGGUCAUUGAUCCCCUUCGAAAGGAGGAGACAGAAAAACAACAGGAAAUUACCAAGAUGACACACAUUGACCUAAUGAGAGAGGACAGUGAUGAAACACAAUUGCACAUGAAGACUUUUGCAUCCUCAAAAAUAACACUAAUGGACAAGUCAGGUGAAUCUAAGGAAAAUAUCAUCACAGGGGAAGAUGCCACAACUAAGAUUAAAUCUAAAUUGUCUCAUGAAAUAUCAAAAAAAGAGCCUACACCACUUGCUGAGUCUCAGCCUAACAACAAGAUUACCACUACAGACAUCAUGGCGGAGAGUUCUCAAUGUAAAGUCAGAAGGGAAAAAAGACCUCAAAGCUUAAACUUGGGGAAGUCAAGGGACUUUGUGUAUGAGACAGAAGCCAAAGGUUCAAACAUCACACACGAUAGUGUAGAGUCUGAUGAGGACAACAAUACUGAACUUAUAAAGGAGAUUGUGAUCUGUCAUCCUGAAAAUUUCAGCACAACAACAGACACAUGGACAUCAUCCAUGGCUGAAAAGUUAAUUCAGCCAGCCACAAAUACAUAUGCGGCAACACCGCUUAAAGUAAAUAAAGAGUUUGACAGGGUAAUGGGAAAAGACUUGCAGAUUCCCAAUCAGGGAGCAAGAAAGAUGCAUGAAAGUUUGCAUGAUUCAGGAAAGUCUGAUGAUGCAAGAAAAUUUGUAGAAUGUCAAGAGCAGCUAUCCAACGAAGUGAAGAUUAUGAACACUGAAGGCAAACAAGAAAACCAAGAUUCAUUCAGUGGCCCUGGCAAAGAUGAGCAGAAAAGUGUCAAGACUGAUAUCAGAUUUGAAGUCAUGAAAGUCAUCAUGAUUGAUAAUAGCAAGAAUGAAGCGAAAUCUGGAAAAGCAAAGAAGAAAGAAACAGAAGAUUUGGGUCUUGAAAAGAAGAUAAGCAAUUUUGAACUGGAAGAAUCUGCAGAAAUCCAAAUGGCCAUGGAACUGAGAAAAACUAGCCAGAGUGUUACUGGACAUGUAAGAACAGAUAUAACAAGAAUUGUUCCAUUAAAACCUGAGAGAGUGAGGAGCCAAGGCUACAAAGAUGACCUAGAUAUUGGACAAGGCUCUGAACUAAUGAAAAUAAAUUUUAAAAGAUACAGUAUGAAUGAAUCUUUUGUGAGACACUUUGACCCCUGUAAGUUCGAGAGCAGGGACACUAGCUAUUUCCAUGCAAACUGCUCCACAAGUCUAGUGAAAGGAAAUACAAGUCAGGAAUUAUCUUUAGCUAUCAAGGACAUCUGUGUGUGCUCAGAGCAUCAAGCGAUAAAGAGUCUUGAGAGUUCACCAAAAGAAAAGGGUAUACGGAAUGAAGACACUACAAAACACACCAGCAGAAUAGUCCACAGAGAUCUUCUGCAUACUGAUGAGAGCAUUUCUGAACUUCACUUCUCCAAACAGACAGUUAACCAAAAAAAUGCCCCUCCAACACCUCCAGUCAAAACAAAGAAAGCAAGAGAAUCAGGUCUCUUUCUGCGCAAUAGUCACAUUUUCAGCAAAGACCCAACUCUUGAAGCCAUCAAAAAGAACCUUCUGGAGCCUCUGUCCACUGCUUCUACUCUUGAAGACCCACAAUAUGAUGUUAAGGUGUCUCAUUCCACACUGUUUCCAUGUUCUUACAUGUUUUUAAAAAAAAAUACUUAAUUUUCUACUCAGGCUUUUCUACAAAAAUAACAAUAUUAAAAGCGUGCUUUCGAAUACUUUUUAUGUGUUCCAAGUGACAGUUUAGUGUACUUGCUCAAUCAGUGGUCAGGAUGAUUAGAAAAUUAGAAUGACUUCUGACAGUAGUUGUUGUUGUUUGUGUAACCUUUAAAAAGUCCCAAUUCAAAAUCAUGCAUGCAAAUUGUUUUUGGUCAAUUAAUUUCUUUUUUCUACAAACUAGACAUUAUAUUUGGUAUUUGGUAAUAUGGUAGCCUAUUUUGCUGUAAUGAACAUGCAAUGGAUUGUUAUCGUGGACAUUUAAAUACCAUGAAUAAUUCUAAAUGCCUUAUUAUCCUAAUUGUUUAAUUUUUUUUUAGAAUGCUCAUUAGCUUCUUUUCCAUUAACUGGUUAAAAAUAUGUCAACACAAUUGUUGUCUGACAGUAGGUGGUACUUAUAGAACAGCAAAUUACAGCAGUUACCACUGUUACCUAAAGCAGCAUUACCAUUUUCUGUUUCUGACACCAGUUUGUGCUGCAAAAGACAUGAAGUUAAAUAGUAUGUAAAUGUUUGCAAAAAGCUAUUGUGUUAUUGUAUUUAAAUGUUUAUGGUUAUUUUUUAUUUGAAAAAUUCA